AUGACACAACACGACGGCCAGAGCCGCAGAACAACUCGACGCUUGAUCAUCAUCGUCGCCAUGGUCAGUGCCGUUAUUUCUGCCCUUGGUACCGUUAUUACCCACAAUCUUCUUCCAUUAUCUUCAAAUAGAGGUGCUUCGCGACAAGAACUUCUUCCAUCCUUGAACGUUCCGCCUCUCGGAAACCUUCUUCGAACUUACGUGGGCGGAGGUGCUUACUUUGAUCGAGACAUGAACGCCAGCCACGAAGCCUGGAUGUCAUUGUUUCCUCCGGGAAUGGGUUACGUUACCAUGGACAAUAUAAAAGCCGCAGGAGAUAUUCCUCGGAUCGUACAAGAUAUGAGCACGGAUGGAUCAGGGCGCUUCUGUGUUGCCGCGUUUCAUCAACUCCAUUGUCUCUUUCUCAUUUACGCCGACUUUCGCCGCGCCCUGACUGGUAAGCUCUCACAUGACGAAGCCCAGAAAUUGCAUGACGCGCAUUCUUUACACUGCUUUGAUUAUCUCCGAGAAAGCAUUCUAUGCGCCGCAGACAGUGCCCUUGAGCCCUUUCGCUCUCCGUUUGAUGGAGGUACUAAAGGUAAUGGGGUCGAUGGCUUUGGCACUGUGCAUCAGUGUAGGGAUUUCAAACAGCUGUAUGAGUGGAGUGAGAAAUUUCGGUAUAGUAAUGGGCAUGACGCUGAGAAGUUUGAGGGCUGA